AUGUCUGCCUCGUACCACCCUAUCUGCAAGGGUGCGCCGUACAACAGGGCCAACUACGGACACCACUGCCGUAUCGAGUGGACCCACGGCCGCCGCCGCUGCAUCUUCUGCUACCGAACCCGCUCCGAGUCGCAGCGCGAGGACGCCAUGCUCCAGGCACAGCGUGCAAUGUACCAGCAGCAACAGCUGCAGCAACAGCAGCAGGCUUACUACUACUACCGUGCGAGGUAG